AUGGCGGCCGCCACCUGGCGCUACCGAGGCGACUCCGGAGCGGAGCAGCCAGCGCUGCUGGUGCGGUUCUCCAACGGCAGGUUGCAGCAGUCCGACUCCCUGCAGUUUACAGUCUACCGAAAUAAGGACAAGGUCCACCCGCGGAAGAAGCACCGGAGGAUCCUGGUCUCAGAAACAGAGAGGCUUUCAUACGUGGGGAACAACUUCAGCAGUGGGGUUCUGAAGUGCAACUCCCUGUGCAGGUAUUUCGUGGGUGUGUUGGACAAGGACUCUGGGCAGAUGGAAGUCUACAAUGCUGAGAUAUUCCACAUGCAGCCCCUGCUGUCAGAUAACAUCAUAGCUGAGGACAGCAGAGAGUACCAGAACAAGUCCUACAGGGAGAAGAUGGAUUUGUGCAUCGAGGCCUUCGGCACCAGCAAGCAGAAGCGGGCGCUGAGCACGCGGCGGCUGAACACGGUUGGCAGCGACGUCGUUAGCACCGCUGUCAGCAGGGCCGCAGCCAGCGUCAUCGAUGCCAAGGGAGUCACAGCCUUGAUCCAGGAUAUGACCCAAGAGGACACACAGAACAUUUCCAGCUUUCUCCCACCCUGUAAUGAAGAUGCUGAGAAACCAGAGCAGGUGUACAAGUUUGAGGACAUUCUGUCCCCAGCAGAGUAUGAGGCCCUGCGAGUCCCAGCAGCAGCCUUUGUCAACAUCACUGCAGAGGAGAUCGCCAAGAAAGCAGAGGAGAAAAGCCACUGCUCCUUUGUUUUAGAGCAGCUGAAGCUGCUGCCUGCUGAUGGGAAGAGCAGAGACCACAGGGCCAGGUGCCUCUGGUUCCUGGACACCCUGGUGAAGUUCAGCUGCCUGAAAGUGAUCAGGAAGAAGCAUCCAAUGGGUCCUGACUGCCCACACACAAUUAGCAGGAAGCUGAUGAAGAACUUCACUUCACUGACCUACAACAACGGCAGUGUCCAGAACUUGAUCUCUGCAUCCAUGAAGGCCAAGAUCACAGCCUAUGUCAUUGCUCUGGCUCUGCACAUCAACAGCUUCCAAACAGACCUCACAGUCCUGCAGAAUGAUCUGAAGCUCCCCGAGAGCAGGGUGCUGGAUAUCGCCAGGGCUAUGCGGCUGAGGAUCUCCAAUGCCAAGGGGCUGCCAGGACUUGAGGAGGAUCAGAAGCACAAGCUGGGCAUCCUCUCCCUGCCCUUGCCCGUGCAGAAAGCGGCAGAGGGGCGGCGGAAGCGCAGGAGGAUGACCUGAGGUGCCCGGCGGGUCCCAGCAGGGUAUCACAGAGCUGAACCACUGCUCUGCUGGACAUUGAGCUGCCCAGGGACACCUGCUGGGUCUGGCUGCCCAUCACCAGCACCUUGAGACCCUGUCUGCAGGCUGAGCCGG